AGUCAUGGUAAUAGUUGCCCGGCCACACAGGACGCCGACUGUAGAGUCCAGAGCUGCUGAAGCGCUGUGUCCCCGCUCAUCAUGACGUCAUAUCCCGAGGCCCCGAGAAGAACCGGCGUCCCCAGAGAGGUGCUGAGAUGGCUGCAGAGCCUGGACCUCAGCUUCUCCCCUAGGAAUUUCCGAAGAGACCUUUCAAAUGGAUACAUCCCAGCAGAGAUCUUCUAUUGGUAUUACCCAGAAGACAUCCAAAUGCAUUCAUUUGACAAUGGGACAUCACUCACCACAAAAUUAGGCAACUGGUCACAACUAGAGAAGUUUUUUAUGAAGAGGAAACUGAAUGUUUCUAAGGAGUUAAUUGAUGGGACAAUACACUGCAAACCUGGAGCAGCUGAAAUCCUGCUGCAAGAAAUAUUUGUAAUGUUAACACAAAGAAGGGUUAAAACCAUCCAGGAUAAUGAAGUAGACUUCACAGAUCGACAUUACCAAGAUGGCUUGCCUAUGGUGGCCAGAUCUACAACAACAAAAGCUGUAAAAAGCAAUAUCACCUUGAGUGAGAUCCUGGCUGAGCCGGACAUUGAUGUCAACAAGCAGAAGGUCCAAGCCGUGAUCAGUUACCAUAAACAGCAGAGACAACAGGAGAGGAUUGAUGACCCAAAAAGAUUUAAUGUGAAACCAUCACUUGGUGAGCGCGCCAUUCGACUUAUGCCUUCAUCUGAUCAAAACCAAAGCGAGACCAGUCUGACCAAUCGGUCAUCUUCCUCCUUGUCCUCCAGCUCUAGUCAGACUGAUAUCAGAAGUAAAACAAGUGUCAGUUUUAAGGAGAUCAAAGUGAAACAAGGAGAUAGAAGCUACGUGUCCUCCAGCGUGAGCUCAACAACGUCGCUCUCGUCCACACGGAGUGCACCUUGAUUUGUCCAGCACUCCUCAGUGAUGUACGGUCUCAUGUUAAUGCUACGGGUGUAUUACUUAUCCUUUUAUGAAAUGCUAAAGCUAAAAGUAAAUAGUAUACUUUAAGGUAUUACAUAAAAUUGAAACAAAACAUGCAGAUUGUCCUCAAAAGUCCACAUUCUGUAUAAGCACCAAAAAUAAAUUCAGUGACC